AUGAAUUUGUCUCUUGCUCUGGAGAACGUCAAAAUCAACUUGAUCGGUGACAAAGCCACAGAUUCAUUUUUUGCUAAGAAUCGAAUUUUGAUCGGCUGCCUUUCCGGUAUACUCUCUUCAGCUUGUCAGUCGGUAGGAUUAAUCCUGCAACGUAAAUCACAUCUGAUAUGUGAAUCUUCUGGCUCGGGAUCUACAAUAAUGACACCUUAUAAGAGGUCACUUUGGCAUCUGGGCUUCUCACUUUUCAUCAUAUCGAAUGUAUUUGGGUCGAGCAUACAACUGUCUACCUUGCCGGUGAUAAUACUAAGUCCUCUUCAGUCAAUCGGUUUGGUUUUCAAUACUAUUUUCAAUUCGUUGAUUUUAAACGAAAAGUUUACGCUUGGGUCUUUCUAUGGUACGGGUUUGGUUGGCUUCGGAGCAUUUUUGAUUGCCCUAUUUGGGAGUUUCAUCGAUGAGCCCGAAUACAAUUUAUCUCAGUUUUUGAUCCUGCUUGCACAGAAAGAGUUUAUUGGGUGGCUUAUACUGGAGUAUGGAAUCGUUAUUUUUUUCCUUUGGUGGAUCCAUGUUUCUGGAAAACACGCUACAAACUCAUCAAGCACGAUCGAUGCCAAUGAGAGAACAAAUAUGGUCUCUCCUGUAAGACCUGUUUACAAUCAGGUUUUAGGUAUCUUUGGAUGUGAGACCACUAAUAAUGUUCAAGAGAGGGAACCUGCUUCAUCUCCUAGUCGACCUCCAUCGGGAUUUACACUCAUUUUAGUCAGAUGCGGCUCUUUUUUCCACCACCUUCUAUUCACGAACUCCAGCGUUACAACUAAGUCGAUACAAGGUGUACUUUAUGGUGUUACCUCCGGUAUUCUCUCGGCACAUUCGCUUUUGCUUGCUAAAUCCGCUAUCGAGAUCGCACUCUCAACAAUUAUCAACCACAACAUUAAACAACUGAACAAUCUGACAGCUUAUUUGAUUGUUCUAACAUUUUUGGUUUUGUGUUUGUCACAACUAUUCAUGUUAAAUCAGGGGCUCAAGCUGAUCAGCACCUCUAUUCUAUACCCUCUGGUUUUCUGCGUUUACAGUAUUUUCAGCAUUCUCAAUGGGUUAACAUUUUAUCAACAAUGGUCUCAGUUUUGGGGUUGGGUAGGAUUUUUCAUUUUAUUAGGAACAAUUCUUGUUGUCAUUGGUGUUUUUGUUCUGAGCAAUUGCCCUAUCAGUGAACACAUCCAAAAUACUGAAUCUUCAGGUUUGAAACCCCCCGAAUCUCCCAUAGCUAAUCAAGAGGUUGAAAACUAUCAAAGUAUUUUACAGGUCUCACCAAGUCAGCGAAAUAGGAAGAAACAACUAAAAAAUGGCGUCGUAUCGUCAUUCAUUUCCUUCAGUGAUCCAUCAGAUGCGGAAAGUCCCUACUAUGAACACUUCCCACAUGCUCCAGAUCGCUCUUCUUCUUCAAGUAACCCAUCACCGAAAGAUUUGAUCAAGCCUAUGAUUAGAAAAACGGGAGAGAAUCUCAAUUCAGCUGGCCGAAAGGUUUCUGGAUUUUUAAAGAGAUCUAUUGAUAGCAUAAAUCAGCCACUACCUUUGAUCCCCAAACAAUUUAAUGGCAAUGCGGAUAAUCAAAAUUCAAUCAAAGGGUUUGAUGCAAUGACGACCUCUUCCAACUUAUCAUCAUCUCAUAUUGGCUAUGUCUCCUUUGGAUCUAUGAAAGAAUCUUCCAUUACCGAUUUGGGCGUGGCCUCUAAUUCGAACAUAGAAGAUAGAGUUAACCUUUCAAAGGAAGAACCUCAAUCGAUGAAUGUUACUAAAAUGUCGGCUCAGCUGAAGCCUAUAAGCCCUGAUUCGGGUAGAAAAGAAAACGCGUCAGCUUUGAACAAUCAUCCUGAUUUGAGUAUCAUGUACGGAGUCUCAAAUCGAAUUCUGCCUGACUAUAAUGACCAUAGUGAUUAUAAUUCACUCUCUUCAGGCGACAAGCAAAUGCGUUCGCAGACAGGAAAAUCUGAUUUCGAACGCGAAUUCGGCGAAUUAACAGACCUCCAUUCAAAUAACCCCGCUUUAAGGACUACUGAUAUCCACAAGAAAUCAUACGAUGAAAUUGGCGAGGAUUAUAAUCCGAAUAAUUCUUUCAACUUUUCGUUAAAUCAUACUAUUGAGGAAAUUCAAAAUCAAUUAAAUGGAUAUAGUGAGCGCAUAGCUCCCAGCCAUACUCCACCUCGAAGCCUAUCAAAACAUUUGGAAGAGGUAGACAAAAGUAACGAUUCAACCUAUGUUACAGAAGCGAGAAUCCAGAAAAAGGCACUUUUUGGAACCCAUUUUUCUCCAAACACGGUGAAUGGAGGUGUUAAGCCUAUGACGCCUUCUUCGAACUCUCAUCUUCGUGUGAAUAGCAGAAUAUUUUCAUUCGAGCAAAAGGAACUAUAUGACGAGCUUACAAACGUCUAA